AUGAAACUCUCAAGAAGCUUUUCGAUAUGCACCCCAAAAAUCAUUAAGAAAAUCCCAAACCAUCUGAAAUCAUCGAUACCCAGAUCCACAAGCUGGCAUAUUCAACCUCUUUCCAAGAAGCCAUUGCUGGGUUCAGGAGUCUCCUCCGACGGCGGCGCAAGGAAUGCCAAGGUUCCCAAAGGCUCCCUCGCCGUCUAUGUGGGCCCCCACUUCCGACGCUUCGUCAUUCCGGUACGCUUCUUGGCCAUGCCUGACUUCGCUGCCUUGAUGGAAUCCGUCGCCGAAGAAUAUGGCUGCGAUCAUCACGGCGCCAUUCACAUCCCCUGCGAUGAAGACCAUUUUCAGCAAAUUUUGAUCUCAUGUUCCCAACGAAAACGGACCUUCCUUCCUCCCAAGAAACUUUCCGUCAUCCCAAUCAUAAGCAGCCAUUGA